AUGUAAUUUGAGUUAAUAGAAAGUAUAAAUUCUCUAAUUUAUAGUAUAAAGUUUAGUAAAUAAAGGUAGAUAACAAGAAGCCUUAAAAUAAUGUGAUAUUGCAAUAUCAGAAAAUUCGAAUUAAGUAUAAUUAUAUGCUAUCAAAAGUAUAUUUAUUAGUAUAAAUCUAUAUUUAGCAAAGAUUUUAGAAUCAUUAGGCCUUCAAAAUGAAGUUAUUGAUAUUUGGGAAUAAGGCAUUCAAAAUAAUAAAAAUGAUUUUCUCUUUUAUUAUGAGAAAGGUUUUAAUACUGUAUUGUAAAUUAGUUUUUGCUUUAAGAAGAUAAUAGAAAUAUGAAGAGAUAAUUAAAUGUUAUGAUUAAGGAAUAAUGAAUAACAAGAAUUAAGCUAUAUAUUAUAAUUUUAAAUGUAUUUCAUAUAUUCAUUUAUUUUAAUAGAUAUUGAAUUAGAAAAAUAGGAUAGAUUAGUUGAGGCCAUUUAAGUUUGGGAUUUAGCAAUUGAAAAUAAUAAAACAGACUCAUAUUAUUAUAGAUAGAAAAGUAACAAAAAUUUAUGAAUGAAAUAGUAUAAGCUUUGAUAAAAUGUUUUGGGGAAGAUAAUUGUUAGAAAUAGAUUUUUGAAUGUUGGGAUUAUGGAAUAUAAAAUGGAAAUAAUAAUCUAUUUUUUAUAAAAUCUAAAGGUACAAUAAAAAGAAAUUAAUUAAGUUAAAGCCUUAGAAAAUUUAGAAAGAUUAGAUGAAGCAAUUGUAUUUUUGAGUAAAGAAAUAUAGCAGUAUAAGAAUGUUGAAUUCCUUUAUGAGUUAAAGAGUAAGAAAAAUACAGUAAUUAUUAGCCAACUAUUUAAAGAAAUUAAAUAGAUUGGAAGAGAUUAUUGAAUGUUGGAAUGAAGGUAUCCACUAUAAUCCAUAUAAUAAAUGUUUUUAUUAAUAAAGAAGUUUAUUUAUUAUUAUUUAAGUUUUAGUUAAAGCAUUAGAAGAAUAAGGGAAUAUAGAAUAAAUUAUAGAAGAGGCAAAUAAAUGCAUUUAUUAAUUUAAUGAUUUGAUCUUUUAUUAAGCCAAAGGUAAUUAUUAUGAUAACAUUAAUAGCAAAAUGUUUAUUGAUAUAAGGUAAGCUUUAAGAGGUGAUUGAUUGUUGGGAUUAAGGAAUUAAAAAUAAUUAAUCAAAUAGUUCAUUUUAUAUCGAAAAAAGUAUUACAUAAAUAUAUUUUAAGAUUAUGCUCUACAGCUUUAAGAAAGAUGGAUUGAUUCCAUAUAAUGUUGCGAUUCAGCACUUUUAAAUGAAUCCAAUAAUGAAGAAAUAAUUUCAAAAAAAGGUUAUUUAAAUUAAUAAUUUCUAGUUAUUUCUCUAAUAGAAUUACAUAAUUUCCGAUAAGCUAAUUAGUAUCAUCGCUUGAUUCAUCCUAAUGUACCUAUACCUUUCAAAUUUUGA